AUGGUGAACGUGGACUUCAGCCCGGCAUUACUUCUGGGCAUGAGCCUCAUUGCUGGCGGUCUUGCAUUGUAUCAGCUGCGGCGAGUGCAGCCUGACAUCUCCCGGGACUUUGAUGUCAUCGUGUCUGCAGUGGCCACGUUCUCCGGUGGCAUCCUCAUUUUCCAGGGCUGGCGACUUGACCCUUUAUUGCUCUUCUGUCAGCUUCUCACUGCGGGAACCGCUUUGGGAUUUGCAGUCGAAUCCCUGCGCCUGCGACAAGAGGUCAGGGACAUUCAGGUGUGCCUUGGGGUGCCCCACAGAAUGUAG